UAUCUCGUGUAGGGUCUCCAUUUUAUCAACUGUUACUUCAGAAUGCUACCAAAUAUGAUGUUGGAAGGUGGGGUUGUCAAGCAAAGCAUAAACUAGGAACAAGAACUGCUUAUUUUAAUGUUUUCCUUUAUGGUCCACCUAAAGCGGCAAUGAAUGUACGUGUUAAAGAACACAGAUUAAAUGGAGUUGUAAUUGAAUGGGAUUAUUUGCGCAAUGAUUUGCUGUUUUAUGAUUUUACCCUUACUCGUGUAUCCAAUAACGAAACUAGAACAUUUAAUCUAGAAGAAGCCGAAAGUUUUACCACUCAAAUCUUACAGUAUGAGUUUGUUGGGUUACUAAGAGGGGAAAAUUAUAGUAUUCAGAUGAGAGCUACUGAUAAGAAAAAUCAAAUUGGAUCUUGGAGUCAACCGUUUGUUUUAAGAACAGUGACUGAACUUGCACCUAUCAUACUUGUCAACCCUGCACACACACGAGUAAGUGAAGGUGUUGAUGUGACGUUAUCUUGUGGCGUGCAAGCAGAACCAUUACCGACUUACAGCUGGUUUAGAAAUGGUAGUAUAAUCUUACAAAAUGAUACAAAGUACAUGAGCAUCAAUGGAGGAUCAAUUGGGUUAUUAGUUAUCAAGAACGUACAACGUUAUGUAGAUGAUGUUUUAUACUACAGGUGUAAAGCGACUAAUAGGCUUGGAACAGCUGUUAGUACCACAGGAGAGGUAUUGGUGGAAUGGCUGGAUCAUGAUUUCCAACUAAAGCCACAAAAUCGAAUUUUUUACCCUUCAAGAAAAUUUCUACGAGUGUCUGCAAGACCUCCAAAGCACAAUGGAAAUUUAAAAAUAUUAUGGAAACAAGGAAGUCGAUCUAUAACACCUCUUACACAUUCAAAUGUUAAAGUGACACAAUAUCUAGAUCCUUUUGGUGCUUUAACACAUGCAAUAGAUAUUACUAAUCCAACUACACGUUUUGAAGAUGACUUUGAAUACACUGUCAUGAAUCUGGCUGGUAUUAGGUCAGCGAAAUUUUCUCUUGUCCAAGCAGAUGCUCCACCUGCCAUAACCAAACUCAGUCUUACAUCUCCCCUUGCUGAAGAAGCCAUGUUAUCAUGGGAACUACCUUUGGCGCAAUCCAAAGUAGCCCAGUUAGGGCCACAAUUUACUUAUCGUAGCGAUGUAAAGUCAUUUGACAUAGAAUAUAAAGAAUCAGGUUCUUCCAAUGUCUCUUCCAUCAGCACAUCUGGAACAUUUGUUAAUAAUAAAAUGCGAACCCAUACUGUUGGAAAUUUGAUCCCUGGAAGAGAAUACCAGUUUAGGAUCAGGUCAGUUGAUCUUGGAGAUCAAGUCGGCGCAUGGUCAAGAUUUUUUGGUUAUAUGUCAGGAAAUAGUUCAGUUCAAAAUUUCACCACACCACGCCCAUUUACCACAACGUCAUACAGAAUUCAUGUACCCAAACGCUUGGUAGUCAACAACACAUCAAACAGUGGUGGAGAACUUCGUUGGUCAUAUAAGGGAGUCAUAUCUCCCGAUCUUUCUUAUUUUGAAAUACAAGUCCAUCCAUUUGACAACAAAAAUUUAACACAACGAUUUAUCACAUCUAAUGCUUUGGUUCGAUCUUUUAAUCUUUCCAAUUUAAUUUCGGGUUCACCUUAUGCUGCUCGAGUACGUUUAAUAAGCAGAAACCAGACGGGAAAUUGGUCGGAAAAAGUUUUCUUUGCAACAGCUGGACCAAAGCCACCUAUAUCUGUCUCUGCCAGUUCAUCAACAUCAACUGCUGCCAUGAUAAGUUGGGUACUGUUUGGUGACAAAGUAAGCUCUUGGAAAAUAAUCACUAAAUCAGAUGAUGGUAGAACUACAGUUGUAAAUGUUGGUCCAGCUGUUACAUCUUUCACUUUAACUGGCUUAGAACCGAAUACCACUUAUAAUGUUGAAGUAUUUGCUGUGUUGAAUGGCAUUGAAAGUACAGCUGGAACAAUAACAUUCCAUACACCUACAGGUGUCCUUAACACAACAGAAUCGACCACUGUUAGUCCGUCAACUACAAGAGCAAAUAAUGUUACAGUAAUACCUACACCAAUUAACAAUACCACAACACCAUUUCCUCGUCUUGGAGCAGUAUCUAACGUAAGUGUAGUAGGGAAGGAAUUCGAAGAAAGCACAGCUGUGGUAAUAGUUUGGUCUCCCCCCACUCUACACCAUGGUCAAGAUCCUAAACUGUUUAAUUACUUAGUGGAAUAUUGCGAACUAAAUAGGGUAGAAACAUGUAUGAACACAACACUUGGUUCUUCCACCUCUGUUGCAAUAUCAGGUUUGAAACGAAGCAACCUCUACCAAUACAAAGUUUUUGUAUUUGACGAAAACAACGUUGCCGGCGCAGCACGUGACGGUAUAUACGUAACUGCUAACAGAGACACAUGUAGAAGUACAGAAUUUACUUGUGGAAAUCCGCAAUGUGUUUCAAACAAUCGAAAAUGCAAUGGGAUAUCUGAUUGUGUAGAUGGAUCAGACGAAGGUGUCACAGCUGGCUGUUUACCGCCCUUCCAAAGACCUACAGUGGUUAGUGGAAAUGCAAUUUCUCCAACGGAGAUCAAAGUUACUUGGAAUGUUAUUAAUGAUCCUUCUGAAAGAAUCAGAUCUUACAUUGUUGAAAUUGUAAACACAAGCGUGCAAGCAGAGCUUCUUGCGCCUGUGUUGAAUCCUUCGACCCGCAUGUUGUCGCAUAUGUUUAGCAAUUUAUUACCCGGUGCAGAGUACGAUGUCAGAGUACGAGCAAAGAAUCCAGCAGGUUUGGGACCAUGGUCUGAUAUUGUUACCGUUAGAACUCUGCCCCCAGUGACAUCUUCUCCUUCAACUAUCGGAAUUACAACAACUGACACUACGACUCCAAAACCUAUUAUUCCAAUUCCACACAUAGGUGUGAAUGUUUCCCAUGAAAGUGCAACAAUUUUUUGGAGAUACAAUAUCAACCCUCAAUUUCCUCCUUUACGAUUUGAUGUGGAACUCACGCCGGUUAAUAAUCCUAACGAAACGUUGAUUUUGAGGACCACAAAAAAUUUUAUUUUUGUUACUAAUCUUCCAACUACUGGCGAAUAUAGAGUUAGAGUAAAGUAUGUUAUCAGUUCUGAUGGAAGAGGGGCCUGGUCUCUUCCAAGUUUCUUUAAAAUAAUCGGUGCAACUACUACUACUACUACAACUACUACAACAAGGACAACGCCCAGUACAACGCCAAGGACAACGUUUAGCACCACGCCUAGUACAGCGCCCGAUACAACGCCCAAUACAACACCAAAUCAAGUCUCAACUGUGUCUAACGUAUUACUACAAAGCAUACUACCAAGUGCAGCCAUCAUUAGUUGGUCAGCUGAUAAUGUCCCAUCUCCAGACAACGCUCAUUUUGAGAUUGAAGUACAACCAUUUGGCAAUCCCAACCAAACAAUUAUCAACACAGUAAGUGCCAACACUCGAAGUGCAGCUGUGAGUGGUUUGAUUUCUGGAUCACCCUAUCGAGUGCGUAUUAGAUUGGUGGAUGGAAACAUUCAAGGCAGCUGGUCUGAGGAUUUCUUUUUUGCGACAGCUGGACCCAAGCCCCCUGUUUCAGUAUCUGUUGAUGCAAUUACACCACGUUCAGCUGUGGUGAACUGGAGUGCAUAUGGAGAUAAAGUUUCAUCCUGGAAAAUUGUUGGAAUUUCUAGCAAUGGCUCACAGAUAAAUGCGUCUGUGUCCCCCAGUGUUAGUAUGUACGUUUUAACUGGCUUAGAUCCUAACACCCAGUAUAAACUAAACGUGUCCGGUGUUUUAAAUGGUGUGGAAGGGACACCGGUUAUGGUAGUUUUUACAACACCUGGCCAAGGAUUUCUUUCAACAACAGUCGCUACUGCAACAACAUCUAGACAAAUGACAACAGUUACUUCAACUAUGACAACCCCCGCAAGCGAUCUCUUGCCAGGAAUGGUGCCAGAUAAUGUCUCGCUUAGUUUUGAUAUAUCCUCCGAUAGAGCCAAUGUCCAGUUGUCAUGGUCUCCACCAACCAUGUUAAAUGGCAAUAAAGUAGAAGAACUGAGAUACUCCGUGAAAUAUUGUUUCCAGAACACCACUAUAUGUAACGAAACUUCUAGGACUCCCAAUACCAGUGCUAUAUUAGACAAUCUACGCACAAAUGUAUUUUACAGCUACGAGAUUUUUGCUUAUGGUGCGCUUGGUGUUGCAGGACCAGGGAGAGUAGGGGUUUUUAAGGCGGAAAGCAGAGGAACCCCUGGUACCACACCCUACACCACAACAAUCCAAGAGACGACUACCCCUCCCAUUGCUGGGCCACCUGGAAUUGUGCCAAACACUGUUUCAAUCCAUUCUGUCCCAAACUUUGAAUCCUCAGCCGUUACAAUGUCAUGGUCGCCGCCCACCAACUUGAACAACAACAAAUUAGAUGAACUGACCUACUCUGUAAAGUAUUGCAUUUUAAACACAAUAGUAUGCAAAGAAACCGCUAGAAUUUCGUCCACCAACAUCAGCAUAGAUGGUCUCGACAAAAAUGCGUUUUAUAGCUACGAAAUCUUUGUUUACGGUUCACGUGGACUCCCAGGGCCUGAAAGAAGAUUGGGUUUCUUCAAGACUGAAAGUAGAGAUUCAUGCCUGCCAUCGCAUUUUGCUUGUGGCACUUCGUCGCCCUUUUGUGUACCAAGGUCCACAUUAUGUAAUGGUGUUAAUGACUGCUCUGAUGGUUCUGACGAGAAAGCAGCUGCUGGCUGUGCUAUACCUGCAGCUGUCACAACUUUGAAAGUUGUCAAUGCAACACCAUCUACAGUGACAUUGCAAUGGAAACGUCUAGCACCACAAAACCAAGUGAGUAGCUAUAAAGUGGAGAACAUUAAUACUCGGGAAGUUAAAACAAUUGCAACAGAUAAUCCUAGUUUGGGAAAUCCAGACCUUUUCACAACGUUUAUGAACCUGCAGCCCAGGGUAUGGUAUGGAUUUAGGAUACGUGCAGUUAAUCCAACUGGUCCAGGUCCUUGGUCACCCACUGUGGUGGCUAUAACUACGAAAGCCCGUCUUGGAAAGGUUGGGAACGUUAGAAAUGAAGCAAAGCUGCAUCACGAAAGCACUGCUAGAAUAGUUUCUUGGUCUGCACCUGUUGACAACAAUGGAGAAGAUCCUUCUACCUUUAAAUAUCUGGUCCAAUACUGCGAACUUAAUCUACCUAAUACUUGCAGAAAUACAAGUUUGAGUAGCAACACAAAUGCUGAGAUAACUGGCUUAAAAAGAAAUACACUUUAUAGUUACCACAUCUUUGUUUUCGACAAAGACAUGGUUGCCGGAGAAGUUGCCGAUGGUGUAUUUCGAACUUCAGAUACAAAUACAUGUUUGGACACAGAAUUUACUUGUAGAAACUUGCAAUGUAUACCAAGUGGCAGAAACUGUAACGGUCUUUUGGACUGUGUAGAUGGAACAGACGAGACAACAUUUGCCGGUUGUACUCCACCGUUAAAUAGACCAUCAUUUGCAGAAGGCGUUGCAACAUCUCCACGAUCUGUAAAAGUGACAUGGAACGUGAUUAGGGUACCUUCAGAUAGAAUCACAUCCUACAUCGUUGAGAAUACAAACACUUCUAGUCAACACGAAGUACCACACCCUUUCAAUGUGCCAUCAAUUACUAUGCUCUCCCAAACAUUCGAUAACUUGUCGCCAAAUAAUGUACACAGCUUCAGGGUUCGCGCUAAAAAUCCUGUGGGAUUGGGACCAUUUUCUGAUGUUUUAUCUGUAAGGACGCCAAACGCAGGUCCUCUCGGGAAAGUUGGAAACAUUAGAAAUGAAGCAAAGUUGAAUCAAGAAAGCACUGCUAGAAUAGUUUCCUGGUCUGCACCUGUUGACAACAACGGAGAGGAUCCUUCCACAUUUAAAUAUCUGGUCCAAUACUGCGAACUUAAUCUACCUGAUACUUGCAGAAAUACAAGUUUGAGUAGCAACACAAAUGCUGAGAUAACUGGUUUAAAAAGAAAUACACCUUAUAGUUACCACAUCUUUGUUUUCGACAAAGACAUGGUUGCCGGAGAAGUUGCCGAUGGUGUAUUUCGAACUUCAAGUAGAAGAACAUGUUUAAGUACAGAAUUUACCUGCAGAAACUUACAAUGUAUACCAAGUGGCAGAAACUGUAACAGUAUUUCAGACUGUGCAGAUGGAACAGACGAGACAACAUUUGCCAAUUGUGCUCCACCGCUAACUAGACCAUCGUUGACAGAAGGCGUACCACCAUCUCCACGAUCUGUAAAAGUGACAUGGAAGGUGAUCAGGGUACUUUCAGAUAGAAUCACAUCCUACAUCGUGGAAAACACAAACACUUCCAGUCAACACGAAGUGUCACAUCCACGCAAUUCACCAGCAACUACUGAGCUAUCUAAAACGUUUAAUAACCUGUUAUCAAAUCGUACAUAUAGUUUCAGAGUUCGGGCAAAAAAUCUGGCUGGUCUAGGACCAUGGUCAGAUGUUUUAACAAUCAGAACACAGCAAGCAGGCCGUCUCGGAAAAGUUGGAAACAUUAGAAUUGAAGCAAAAUUGCAGGAAGAAGAUACUGCUAGGAUAGUCUCCUGGUCUGCACCUGUUGAUAACCACGGAGAGGAUCCUUUUACUUUUAAAUAUCUGGUCCAAUACUGUGAACUUAAUCUACUUGAUACUUGCAGAAAUACAAGUCUAAAUAACAAAACAUAUGUUGAGAUAACUGGUCUAAAAAAGAGUACCCUCUAUAGUUAUCACAUUUUUGUAUUUGACAAAAACAUGGUGGUUGGUGAAGUUGCAGAUGGUGUAUUUCGAACUUCAAAUAGCAGAACCUGUAUAAUUACAGAAUUUACUUGCAAAAACUUGCAAUGUAUACCAAGUGGCAGAAACUGUAAUGGUCUUUCAGACUGUGCAGAUGGAACAGACGAGACAUCAUUUGCCGGUUGUGCCCCACCGUUAAACAGACCAUCAUUUGCAGAAGGCGUAGCAACAUCUCCACAAUCGGUGAAAGUGACGUGGAAUGUGAUUAGGGUACCUUCAGAUAGAAUCACAUCCUACAUUGUUGAAAACAGAAACACUUCCAGUCAACACGAAGUGCUACACCCAAGAUUUUCACCAACCGUCACCAUGCUCUCACAAACAUUUGACAACUUGCUUUCAAAUCGUGCAUACAGUUUUAGAGUUCGGGCAAAAAAUCCUGCAGGUCUAGGACCAUGGUCAGAUGUUUUAACAGUCAGAACACAGCAAGCAGGACGUCUCGGAAAGGUUGGAAACAUUAGUAAUGAAGCAAAGUUGAAUCAAGAAGACACUGCAAGAAUAGUCUCCUGGUCUGCACCUCUUGAUAAUCAAGGAGAGGAUCUUUCUACGUUUAAAUAUGUGGUCCAAUACUGCGAACUUAAUCUACCUAAUACUUGCAGAAAUACAAGCUUGAGUAGCAACACAAAUGCUGAGAUAACUGGCUUAAAAAGAAAUACACCUUAUAGUUACCACAUCUUUGUUUUCAACAAAGACAUGGUUGCUGGAGAUGUUGCCGAUGGUAUAUUUCGAACUUCAAGUAGAAGAACCUGUUUAGACACAGAAUUUACUUGCAGGAACUUGCAAUGUAUACCAAGUGGCAGAAACUGUAACGGUCUUUCAGACUGUGCAGAUGGAACAGACGAGACAUCAUUUGCUGGUUGUGCUCCGCCGUUAACUAGACCAUCAUUCGCACAAGGCAUACCAACAUUCCCACGAUCUGUAAAAGUGACAUGGAAUGUGGUUAGGGUACCUUCAGAUAGAAUCACAUCCUACAUCGUUGAAAACACAAACACAUCCAGUCAACACGAAGUGCUACACCCAAGAUUUUCACCAACCGUCACCAUGCUCUCACAAACAUUUAACAACUUGCUUUCAAAUCGUGCAUACAGUUUCAGAGUUCGAGCGAAAAAUCUUGCUGGUCUAGGACCAUGGUCAGAUGUUUUGACGGUCAGAACACAGCAAGCAGUUACGACAACUACGCCAGAAACUACGACAACUACUCCAGUGACGGCGACAACUACUCCAGUGACGACAUCACCUCAAACGACAACUGACAUCAUUACAUGUACAGGCAACAUCGUUGCCAUGAGAAGAUGCAGAAAGUACGGAAAGGGUAACCAUGCCCACCCCUCCAAUCCAAGAUACUUCAUUACAUGCAUGAGUGGUGCAAUCUCUUCUUGUCAAAGGUGUCCAGCGAUGACCGUCUUUAGUGACAGAUGUAAACAUUGCGUCAAUAAUCUCGGCGAUAAGUGCACGGUGAUGACGACGUAUAAGCCGAAGCAAACAACUCGUCCAUCAUGUCCGGAUUUAUGUUCAGGAAAAGGUGCUGGCUUUACGAAGAAUGUUGUUAAUCCGAAUAGCCGCAAUCAAUUCGUACAGUGUGUGUUUGGCCGCAACUUUGGAUGUAUUCUUUGCCCUGCUCGAUUGAUCUUCCGUGAAGAUUUGAACCGAUGUGAUUGGCCGUAAAUAAAAACACAGCAUACAUUUAUAUUUUUGGUGUUGUUAAAAAUAUACACGAUGUUAAUUUUUUUGUAUCAAAUCUGAAAAAAAGGAAAAAAAAAGUACUAUUAAUGGUUAAAAAAAGACUGAUUUAGUCGUGUCGAAAAUUCUAGACUUGCAACGUUUCUAUGACAAUGACGACUUUUUUUGGCGGUAGUCGAACUUUGGCAGACACAAUGAUACCCAAAUUCGAGAAAACCGAGGAGAAUGGUUGGAUAGUGUUUUAUCCAAUCGCAAGUGGAUCUUUAAGGAUACGGUAACCCCCUGAGACACAUACUCAGUAUAUUCAAAUAUUCAAAAUAUCUCCUCUGCUCGCAACAUUAACCCUAACAAAUAUAUAU